GGCUGGGGCGCAGCCAUUUUAAUUCAUAGCUGAGUGGGCGGUGGCGUUUCGUGUUGGCCGUCUGGCCCUGCUGGGCAGGGGGUGACUUUAUUGGUUUGGGGGUGGUUUUUAGUUUAAUUUUUCUUCCCUAGCUUCACAUCUCGGGCCAACUUGCGCGUUCUAAUUAUCUGAGAUCAUGUCAGGAGACGCCGCCGCGGAGCAGGCAGCUGAAUAUGUCCCAGAGAAGGUGAAGAAAGCUGAAAAGAAAUUAGAAGAGAAUCCAUAUGACCUUGACGCUUGGAGCAUUCUCAUUCGAGAGGCACAGAAUCAACCUAUAGACAAAGCACGGAAGACUUAUGAACGCCUUGUUGCCCAGUUCCCCAGUUCUGGCAGAUUCUGGAAACUGUACAUUGAAGCAGAGAUUAAAGCUAAAAAUUAUGACAAGGUUGAAAAGUUAUUUCAGAGAUGCCUUAUGAAGGUUUUGCACAUUGAUUUAUGGAAGUGUUAUCUUUCAUAUGUCCGAGAAACCAAGGGCAAACUACCAAGUUACAAAGAAAAAAUGGCUCAAGCAUAUGAUUUUGCAUUGGAUAAAAUUGGGAUGGAAAUUAUGUCUUAUCAGAUUUGGGUGGAUUACAUCAAUUUCUUAAAAGGCGUGGAAGCUGUUGGAUCUUAUGCAGAAAAUCAGCGAAUAACAGCUGUCCGAAGGGUUUAUCAACGAGGUUGUGUUAAUCCAAUGAUCAACAUUGAACAGCUCUGGAGGGACUAUAACAAGUAUGAAGAGGGUAUCAAUAUUCAUUUAGCUAAAAAAAUGAUUGAAGAUCGGAGUAGAGAUUACAUGAAUGCUAGGCGUGUAGCAAAGGAAUACGAGACAGUAAUGAAAGGUUUGGACCGCAAUGCUCCCUCAGUGCCUCCUCAGAAUACUCCUCAAGAAGCUCAGCAGGUAGAUAUGUGGAAGAAAUACAUACAGUGGGAAAAGAGCAACCCUCUUCGUACAGAAGAUCAGACCCUUAUAACAAAAAGAGUUAUGUUUGCCUAUGAACAGUGUCUGCUUGUGCUGGGCCAUCACCCUGAUAUUUGGUAUGAAGCCGCCCAGUAUCUUGAGCAGUCAAGUAAACUGCUAGCAGAGAAGGGGGAUAUGAAUAAUGCCAAACUAUUUAGUGAUGAAGCUGCUAAUAUAUAUGAAAGAGCCAUAAGCACUUUAUUAAAGAAGAAUAUGCUUCUGUAUUUUGCAUAUGCAGAUUAUGAAGAGAGUCGCAUGAAGUACGAGAAAGUUCACAGUAUAUAUAAUAGACUUUUGGCAAUUGAGGACAUUGAUCCCACAUUGGUAUAUAUCCAGUAUAUGAAAUUUGCAAGAAGAGCAGAAGGUAUCAAAUCUGGAAGGAUGAUAUUUAAAAAAGCAAGAGAAGAUACCAGAACCCGCCAUCAUGUCUACGUUACUGCAGCACUCAUGGAGUAUUACUGUAGUAAAGACAAAUCUGUUGCCUUUAAGAUUUUUGAGCUGGGGCUAAAGAAGUAUGGAGACAUUCCAGAAUAUGUUCUGGCCUAUAUUGACUAUCUUUCUCACCUCAAUGAGGACAAUAAUACCCGAGUUUUGUUUGAACGCGUUUUAACGUCUGGAAGCCUUCCUCCGGAAAAGUCAGGAGAAAUCUGGGCCCGAUUUCUAGCUUUUGAAAGUAAUAUUGGUGAUCUAGCUAGUAUACUCAAAGUGGAGAAAAGACGGUUUACAGCAUUCAAGGAAGAGUAUGAAGGCAAAGAAACAGCUUUACUGGUAGAUAGAUACAAGUUCAUGGAUUUAUAUCCUUGCUCUGCAAGUGAACUAAAAGCACUUGGUUAUAAGGAUGUCUCCCGUGCUAAGCUAGCAGCUAUAAUUCCAGACCCAGUUGUAGCUCCUUCUAUAGUGCCUGUUCUGAAAGAUGAAGUGGAUAGAAAACCAGAAUACCCUAAACCAGAUACUCAGCAGAUGAUUCCAUUUCAGCCACGACAUUUAGCACCUCCAGGUUUACACCCUGUGCCCGGUGGAGUAUUCCCAGUACCACCUGCAGCUGUUGUUUUAAUGAAACUUCUCCCUCCUCCGAUCUGUUUCCAGGGUCCUUUUGUACAAGUGGAUGAACUGAUGGAAAUUUUCCGAAGAUGCAAGAUACCCAAUACUGUUGAGGAAGCUGUGAGGCUCAUUACUGGCGGAGCCCCAGAGCUCGCUGUGGAAGGCAAUGGCCCGGUGGAAAGUAAUGCAGUACUCACCAAGGCCGUCAAAAGGCCCAACGAGGAUUCAGAUGACGACGAGGAAAAGGGAGCUGUCGUCCCUCCUGUUCAUGACAUUUAUAGAGCACGGCAGCAGAAGCGAAUUCGGUGAAACGGGCUCAAAACCUGCCUCUAGAAGAAAACUUUUAUCCGGGAUUCCCUUUUUGCCUCCUACGUCAUAUGUUUAAGAGACAAUGCUUUGUUACAAGGUUCUUGGAAACAAAGUUGUAUUGUCAUUGGUGCCUCUAUCAUAUGGUUCUUGAGAAAGAAAACCAACCAACCUGUGUGAAUUUUACAAUAUGGAACUGAGAACAGUGCAAAAUGGCAGAACCACAUUUUGUUCCCUCUUCAAGGGUGUCUUGUAUGUGCCACUUGAAGAUUUUGUGAGUUUUCAAUAGUUUUAUUUUAAAACUGGAUGGCUUAUGAUUGUAAAGCUUUUAUCACAUUUUUCUGAAAACAGUUGUUCUCAGUUUGCUUAUGUAGAGUCCUGCCUUAUUGUUUGUUUUAUUUAUGGCAGAAUGUAUGGAAUCUGUUUUGUAGUUUAAAAUUUUAAAA